GCGGGAGGGACCCGGCUUUCAGAAUCCGCUGGAAAGAACUUGCGCUUCAGGGUAACUCCCGCAUUUUGCCGCUUACGGGAUCUGCACCUUUAAACGUACUCCGUCCCAAAUCGAACCCUGGAGGCACCACCCACAUCCGUCUAACAUCACUUCCUCCAGGGUUUCGGGGAAAAGAAUCUGGGAAAGCCAGGGGUUGGCCUGAAGCGUGCUCGCGGGGCGGCGCGGACCUGCCGCUGGGACUCGGACCUUGCUGCUCUCCGCCGUGCGGCCCAGCGCCCCUGCCACCAUGGAGCUGCGGUCUGGGCUCGGGACCACCUGUUUGCUAGGCUUCAGCCUCCUGCUCCUCGCCGCCUCCUCUGAUGGACACAUUGGGCUUGGAAAGGGUUUUGGCGAUCACAUCCACUGGAGGACGCUAGAAGAUGGGAAGAGAGAAGCAGCUGCCAGUGGAUUGCCCCUGAUGGUGAUUAUCCAUAAAUCCUGGUGUGGCGCUUGCAAAGCUUUAAAGCCAAAAUUUGCAGAAUCUACAGAAAUUUCAGAACUUGCCCAUAAUUUUGUUAUGGUAAAUCUUGAGGAUGAAGAAGAGCCCAAGGAUGAAGAUUUCAGCCCUGAUGGGGGUUAUAUUCCACGGAUCCUUUUCCUGGAUCCCAGUGGCAGGGUGCGUCCAGAAAUCAUCAAUGAGAACGGAAAUCCCAGCUACAAGUAUUUCUACAUCAGUGCUGAGCAAGUUGUUCAGGGGAUGAAGGAAGCUCAGGAGAGGCUGACGGGUGAUGCUUUCAGAGAGAAACAUCUUGGAGAUGAAUUGUAAUGUGAAUGUAUCCCUUUCAUCAACACUAGUAUUCUGGAAGGAAAGCAGCAGGAACAGUAAUCUUGAGGAAAUGCCCUCAACGCGGUCGGAAAACCUUAUUCUACCUACACUGGAAGGAGGUCUCUCACUGUGGGGAAGUUCUGCUCACAAGCUGGUCCCCAUGUUUGUGAGGUAGCCAGUACAACGGACUUCCCUCUGCCCUCUCGUUCCCAAAUGCCAUUUUGUCAUUGAAUGUAAAGAAUGAACCCUUUUGGCACACAUCUUAAGCCCUAAGAGUCACGCGGAGGUUUAUUCUUCACACUUAAGUAUUUGAAUUUAAUUCUUUCCCCCCAUUUCCUCCCACUUCACCUUCAUGGUUAAAGGAGGCCAGUAACGUCUUUUUUAAAAUGUAAAAAUUGUUGACAUAGCUUAUUAACUUUUAAAAAUAACAAGUGGUCAACAUGAAUCAGUAAUCCAGCCCUCUACUGAGGAUAGCGGCCUGUUGCUUCCUUCUGGGGCCACUCUUGGGCAUCUUGCUGAAUUCCUGUGACAUCCUUCCUCUUCACCUGCUUGGCCUUCCCGGCUGGCAGGAAUGACUGUGUGGUGUGCUCGGCCUCAGCCCCACUGGAAGUGUGCAUCCCCCUUGUUCCUGCUGGAGAAACGCAAACCUCAGUGGGGCCAUUUUUUGUCAAGUCAUCACCUGUAUUUUUGUACCAGGGUUAACAAGUGGGGGGAGGGGAAAUCGGUUGUUCCAUUAAACUUUAAUAAAACUUUAAAAGGA